AUGACGACGAUGAUCGAAAAGAUGGGAGGAAACGUCAUGUGCUCUUCUUCGAGAGAGUCGAUCAUGUACCAAUCGCUCGUGUUCAACAAGGAUGUGGAAGCUGCGCUGGCCAUCCUCGCAGACACGGUGCUUCACCCCGCCCUCUUGCCGGAAGAGUUGGCUGCUCAGCAAGAAGCGACGCGUUGGGAGAUUGGAGAGAUUUGGAACAAGCCGGAGAUGAUCUUGCCAGAGGUUUUGCAUACCGUCGCCUUUCAGGAUAAUACGCUUGGCAAUCCGCUGCUGUGUCCCGUAGAGAGUUUGGAGGUGAUGAAGGUGAGGCAUUUGAGGGAUUUCAUGCACGCUUGGUACACGCCCGAAAGGAUCGUGGUGGCGGGAGCUGGCAUGCCUCACGAAAGGAUGGUCGAGUUGGCGGCAAAGUGGUUUGGGGGUUUGAGCGCGAGCGGGGCGAGCGGGGCGAGCGCGGCGAGCACAGACGCGAGCGCGGCGAGCACAAAUGCGAGAAAUAACCGCGACACUCGCGACACUCGCGACACUCUCGCCGACACUCGCGCUCGGUACACUGGCGGCGAGCUGUACGAAUCGACGCCCACGAUGGAAUUCACGCAAGUCUACGUCGCAUUCGAAGGCUUGUCCAUCCACGACGAUGACAUUUACGCGCUCGCCACGAUGCAAAUCUUGUUGGGAGGAGGAGGAAGCUUUUCGGCUGGAGGACCUGGCAAGGGAAUGUACAGUCGAUUGUACAGCAACGUCCUCAAUCAACACCACGCCGUCGAUUUUUGCGCAGCUUUUCAUCACUGCUACAAGGAUUCGGGAUUGUUUGGCAUCGCUGCUAGCGUCAAGCCCGACUUUAACGGUCACAUUGCCAACAUUAUCGCGCGCGAACUGGACAGCCUCACUUCGCCGCACGUUCGAGGAGCGGUGACGAAGGUGGAGUUGGCUAGAGCAAAGAAUCAGCUCAAAUCUAGCCUGGUCAUGAGCUUGGAGAGCAGAUUGGUGGAGGUGGAGGAUCUGGGAAGACAGGUUCAGGUGCAUGGCCACAAGGUUUCGGUGGAGGAAAUGUGCGAAAAGAUUGAUGCGGUGGAUUUGGAUGCGCUGCAUCGCGUCGCCAAUCGCGUCUUGAGGGCGCGUCGCAGCGGCGAGAAGAACAAUUUGGGACUGGGAAGCGGGCAGAGCACUGUUGUGGCGCAAGGUAAUCUCGAUGGUUUGGGCGAUGUUAGGCGGACGCUUGCGAAUCGCGGGCUGGGCGCCGCCGUGGCGUGA